ACGCAACAUUACGUCCGGCUGUGGCAACUCGAGCGAAGGAAUUGGUGCAGAUGCCUGAGUGAGUAAGUGCGGAUCGCGCAGAUUAUAUCACGAUGGAUUAAAAACUAAGGGGAGGAGAUAAUUAGACGUUUAGACGUUAUUAAGACUUCCUAAAACAUUUCCUACAGACGUUUGAAGUUUAUAAGUUACUAAACAAGACGAGUCAGUGAACAUGUAUUGAAGAAAAGCGCCUGGACCGUCCCAAGGUGCUGGCAAUAAAUAUUGCAAUGGGUACUUCACUACAACGAUUACCGCUCAUCUUCUGCAUAUUCUUCAGCUUUGCAGUCGGUUGCAUUCAAUGUUGUGAUAAAAUAUACCCAGACUCUACUGAAAAGAUUCCAGUUGAACUGGGGAAGGAAUUCACUGCUACCUGUGUGCUAAACAAAGGUUCAAAGUACACUGCAGAUGACAUCGAAUGGUUGUUUGGAGAUGUUUCUGUUCCUCGGGAGUUUUAUAAGAAAAUAAACCAAUCAGCUGUGGCUGUUACUGUAAAUAUCAGUGCCGAUAUAAAAAGCCCAUUAAAAUGUAAGGCCUCCAAACAAUCGCUGUCAUAUGAACAGCCAUGUAUGUAUGGGAUAUACCUUUUAAUGGGAUAUCCCCCAUUAAAGCCAAAGAAUCUGACAUGCAUAGCGCUUCAAGAUGGUAAAAGGAUAUCACCCAAUUUUACAUGUUCAUGGGAUCCAGGGACCAGAGAUCCACUCCUUCCCACCACCUAUAUUCUCUAUGCAGGGGAACACAGUUCUAAUAGUACCAAGACUCUCACUAACAAACUCACCGUCAAUUUAAGCACUUUCCCAAAUUUUAUGCCCAUGGAUAUUAAGUUGGAAGUGAGGAAUGUCUUGGGAAAAGAAAUUGUAGAACUACAGAUCUAUUCACAAAAGUUUGUAAAACCAAAUCCACCAUCAAAUGUGAGGAUAAUUCCGGAAAACAACUUUCCAACGUCUUUAAUGGUGAACUGGACUCAUCCCAUUCAUAAAUCAGUUUUAGAACUUAAAUACCACAUCAGAUACUGCAAAGCAGGCGCCAGCGCUUGGACAGAGGUAAGCCAGGAUGCCACUAAAGCUUACACAGAGUCCUUCAGACUUCAGUCUCUUCAGCCACACACUGAGUAUGUGGUUCAGAUGCGCUGCAUUCAGCGUGAGAACGUUGGUUACUGGAGUGAUUGGAGUUCAAACGCGACUGCUCGUACCCCAGAAGCGGCUCCUAAAAGUGAACCAGAUUUGUGGAGAGUUUUUGGAGAUGAUGAAACAGAUGUAAAACUGAUUUGGAAGGAACCUGUGAAGGCCAAUGGAAAAAUACUAGGAUAUAACCUCUCCAUUAAGGAAAAUGGAAUCGCGCCUCAGAGGCUCGUGGUUGCUUCUAAAGAGCACCAGUACCAUUUAAAGGGGGAAAACGCUUUUAUCAAAAUGACUGCCAACAAUUCUGCCGGGGUCUCUCCUCUGACCACUUUAGUGAUCUCAAGACCUGAUCUGAAUUCUUAUCCUGGAGUAGCCUACGUUAGUUGCUCCGUCCGUGACGGGAAGCUGUGGGUGGAAUGGCUUCCACCCAAAGAAUCCAGCAGUGAUGUCCACAAGUACUUGGUGGAAUGGGUGUCGGUUCAAGAAAACAAGAGGGACUGGCAGAGAGUGUCAGGCAAUACAAGUACAGUCAUUAUAGGUAACCUCGAGCCAUUCAAGCGCUACAAUGUAUCCAUCUAUCCGAUUUAUCGAGUUGGAGACAGAGUUAAGUACAACUGGCCAGGUAGAAGUGUUGGAGCUGUGGGAGCUUAUCUCCAAGAAGGACCUCCUCUGAAAGGUCCUGCUGUUGAUGUGACUAACACACAGAAGAAUAGUGCUUCUUUACAAUGGGAGGAGAUUCCAAUAUCCAGCCAGCGGGGGUUUCUCACCAAUUACACCAUCUUCUAUAAAACAGGAGACAAUGAGCAAUCUGUUGUGGUGGAUAGCAGUUUCCUCUCCUACAAGCUGACAGGACUGGAGAGUGAAAGUCAGUACGUUGUGCACAUCAUGGCUUCAAAUGCGGAGGGCUCAGUAAACGGCUCUGAUUCCAGUUUGUACACUAAGAAGUAUGAUGAUGGUGAAAUCGAGGUGAUCGUUGUGCUGGUGUGCUUGGGCUUCCUGUUCUUCAUAGUUUUCAUAAUGAUGCUCUCCAUCAAGAACAGAGAAGUGAUUAAGAAGCGUUUAUGGCCACAAGUUCCAGACCCCUCCCACAGCACUCUUGCUACCUGGUCACCUGACUGUCCCAUUAGGACGGACACUCCAAAAGAAGCCACGCUGCCCGACGUGAGCGUUGUGGAGGUGGACGUAUUUGAUGGAAAGUCUUUAUGUGAGGAGGAUAAGACCAUGCUCCCGCUGAAGAAGGACAAGUAUUUCUCAGAGGAGCACAGCAGCGGCAUCGGCGGCUCGUCCUGCAUGUCCUCCCCGCGGCAGAGCGUUUCCGACAGCGACGAGGGCGACUCCGGCCAGACCACCGCCAGCACGGUGCAGUACUCCUCGGUGGUGGCCAGCGGCUAUAAGGGUCAGACCCCCAGCCUGCAAGCCCCCAACUUCAUCCGGUCUGAGUCCACACAGCCUCUCCUGGACUGUGAGGAGCAACCAGAGAGUGUACUGGACAGCAGCAGCAGCAGCAGCCCCCAGAGAAACUCUUACUUCAGACGAGGCGCAGGCCUGGAGCAGCUGCAGCCGCAGGAGGUCGAGGAGACGAGCUGCUUCAGUCCAAUGGAGGAAGAGGACACGCCCACGCUCACAGAGGAUCCUCCAGGCCCCGCCCCCGGGUACAUGCCGCAGCAGAACGGCUACCGGCCCCAGUGAGAGAGCAGGACAUGGACAUUGACAGCUGAUAAAUCUCAGUGUUAACACAACCCUGUGCCUUCAUUUAUUGACCCAACGUAACUUAAUGGCCGUUUUAAGGCUGAAUAUAAAAUGCUGCUUAAAAACCAAGAAAAUGUAUUUCAGCAUCUUCAUGCCGAUACAUACGUUAACUUUCAACGGAAGUCAAUGCAAAAAAAAAGAAAAAUAUUUCUAGUAAUUAUAAAGCAUUACUAUUGGUCCAUGAGUUGUCAUAAUUUGACACUAUAAAGAAAAACUGCCAGAAUAAAAAUUACGCCAAAAAAGUGAAAAGAAAAAAAAAAAAUGGUGAAAGGUUUUUGGGGGACAGCGCAAACUUUUUUGGUUUGUAACUGUUUCUGUAAAAAUGUUACACAGUCAUCAGGCUUGAAACACACACUUGACGUUUUUUUUUUUUUUUUUUUUUUUUUUUUUUUUAAAUGAGUUUUAACCAAACAUUUUGUUUAUUAUGAAUAUAUUUUGUGUGUGAUGCUUAUAACAGUUACAGCUCUUACACUAGGGAUGCACCGAAAUAAAGGUAUUUGGCCGAAACAGAACAAAAUGAAACAUUUGCAACAAAAAGAGAGAAUAUCAAACACGUUUUUUUUUGCAGGUUUUCAUUAGUUUUGCCACUUUCUGUUACUAUAGCAUAAAUAAAAAAAACCUACAUGCUUUUUUUUUUGCCAUUUUCAGCAAGAUGAACAUUCGAUGCAUCCCUAUUGUCCAGGUUUAUUGAGUUGACAGGUAAAGAUAGCUCUUAUGAAUGUAUUGUUUUAAAAAGUGCAUUACUGACUUAAAUGUUGUGGCCACAAGUGCUUUUAUUCUUAAAGAGGAGAAUGCCAGUGUUUUCUUGCAAUUGCAUACCAUUUAGUGGACCACUGCAACCUGUCUGUGUUGAAAUGAAGCUUAAGGAAAACCCUAACUUAAUUCCAACUUCACUAAAACUUGGACACCAACUUCUUGGAGUAUUCAUAAGACUUUAAUAAUAAUGUUUGUGAAAUCUGGGCAAACUGUGGCAUUCCCAGUUAAUACUGAAACAUUGUUGCACCUUUGGGUCACGAUAUGAAGCUUUAUGUACUCAACUAAAUGUUUUCCAGUUUGUGCAGAAGAAAAUCAACACUACAUUAUCUCAAGUGACAGAUUAGGAGCAAUUUAAUGCAUGCCUUUUCACAUGUAUCUAUUCUCAGAUGUCACCUGAUAUUUCAGCACUGAUAUUACACUUUGUAAUAACCGUAUAGAAAGAAAUAAUAAAACCUUAUUAAUCAAAACCAA